UCGAUUUAGGUGAAAUCAUGUACGUGGUACCACCAUAGUGGCGCGGUAAGGUUGCUCUGUAUAUGAAUAAACGAGCGAGAUAAAAAGUUGUGAACUGUGAACUGUGAAGAAGCACUUUGACAUGCGACAUGAGAAACGGGAUUCAUUCAAACGCUUUUCAGGUUAUUUCAAAACCAAAACUCCUAAGUGAGGAGUCUAUUGUAAAGUUACUCAACAGAAGAUGGACAUUGCCAACCCCUGAAACUAAAAUUCAUCAAGUAUUUCACAGACAUGGAUCCAACGGUCGUAAUUUCCUAUUGAACACUCAUCCAACUUUUGCCGAUGCCAAUGUCGAAAUGGAUAAACAAAGGAAACAAUUCUAUAUUGUGCGGGACGAUUUGUUGCACCCGCUGAUUAAUGGCAACAAAGCAAGAAAGUUGGAUGGAUUACUUCCCUUGCUUCAAGAUUAUUCAGUGACUGAUGUGGUUACCUGUGGAGGUUGUCAAAGUGCUCACACAGCUGCUGUUGCUGUUCUGUGUGCUGAGAGAGGAGUUAUGUCACAUCUGCUUCUACGAGGAGAGCAGCCCGAAAUCUUGACUGGCUAUAACUUGAUGUCUACAAUUUAUGGAAAUGUCACAUAUGUUCCAAGAACUAUUUAUGCCAACAGGGAAGACAUGCUAAAGAGCUAUGCUAAUUCAGUAGCCGGAAACAGUGGUUCUGUCAUGUUGUUCAGUGAUAUCAUUCAAGCUUCUUCGAAUACCGAAUUGUCUACUUCUCCUAAUUUUAUGCAAAUGAAUGCAAGUAGAAGUGAGGAAAACCAUCUUCAAAAGAUUUUAAUUGUCAACGAAGGCGCUGGUGAUUCUGUUGCUCUACUAGGUAUUAUUCGGCUAGUUCAAUACUUAUCACAGAAUCAUUUACUUGGAAAACGAAGGGCCAUGAAAUUUGUCGUGGAUGCUGGUACUGGCACAACAGCUGUUGGUAUAGGACUUGCAGCCCUUUGCUUAGGACUCCCGUGGGAGGUAUAUGGAGUCAUGCUCGCUGAUAAAAUUGAUGGCUACCAAAAACAGGAAAAACGUUUGAUUUCUGAAUUCAAUAACCAUUUUAAUGUUGAGUUUAUUGACCAUGAUGUAAACAAAGAAGAUGCCGGGAUUGUGCAUUGGGUGGAACGUGGCCAUCCAAGAAAAUUUGGUAAUAUUUUGGAUGGAGAAAUGGUAGCGUGUCAGCAAAUUGCCCAGCAAACUGGGAUUCUAGUUGAUCCUGUGUACACAUUAGCUGCUUGGGAAACGGCAAUGCAUCUUUCUAGCAAAGAGGCUGAAGGAGAAGCAGAAGUGGUGAUGCUUCACACUGGAGGCACAUUGGGCAUGUUUGGGUUAGCACAGAGGUACAAAAAUUAUUUUGGCAUGCUCAAAAAGGGACUCAAGCAUUACUAGAAAAGGCUGUUUUGAAUUUUUUACCCGCAUAAUAUAAUUUCUUUUGCGUUUACUUUUGUAGGGGAAAGUCGUGGCUGUGAUCCAUGCCUUUCCUUUCCUUUUUUUUUUAUUCUAACUACCUUUAUUUAUUUUAGAUCAAAAUUGUAGAUAGUAGUCAUGCCAUUGUUUUUUUUAAUCUAAUUAAGUGAAGUCAUGGUAGCUUCUGUAAAUUCACUUAA